AUAAGAUUUAUGUUGGAGAAUAACUGCCAGAAGAUGACUCUGAGUGACUGGUGUUAAAUGUACACAAUAUGUGACAAAUUCAAAAAUGUGUAUAAACAUAUAUCUUCGUGUCCCUUAUGUAAACUUUCCUGUAGUCCCCUCAGGCAUGUCCCCUUGUUGACAUUCAGUUUAAAUGCUCUUGCAAGAUGUAGUCUGCCAUGUCUUGAGACACACAAAAAUUCUCAUGAAAUUUCAUGUUUGAUUCUCUCCAUGUGGGAAGUCUAGUAGUUUGGAGCAGGGAACGAUGCAAAUGCGCUAAAAGCGUGAAACAGCAGCCAAGUGAAUCGAUUUGCAGGGAUUAAGAUAAAAAACCGCCCUGCUCUGAUGGGGUUUAGAGGGCUAAAUCUUGGGAUUAUGAUGUCAGGUCAGACGCUGUUGUGGGAGAGGAAAUUGAAUUGUCAAAGGGAAUCUGGCAGCCAGGAUUAUGCCACAGUCAGUGUGGUGAUGGCAAGAGUCAGAUCUGUGUCUGCCCAGUGGUUCCUAGGAUGUGACUACCAUGGAAUUGGAUUUUCCACUUUAGAAGAGGAGGAAUUCCAUACGGAAUCUGCACACUUUGGAUUGGGACAGCUAGUUGAAACAGAGCCGUAUGUAGGCACAAUGUUACAAAUGAGGCUUUACAUCUGCUGACGCCAGCACUUGCCAUAGACGGGUUAACCAAAACCAGCAAGAUGAAGGUGAAAUGGACCCAACUGGGCCUGGUGUUUUUCUUACUGCUGUCCAUCAUCAUGACUUCUUGCUUCAUUUGGCAGUACCAGCUGCCCAAGUUAGUUCUAGAAGAAAGUAAUGGGGAAAGAUCCAAAUCUGUGAGAAUGUGCCCUCGCUUCCCGGAGCCCACACCUCUUGAACACCCCAUCCCCCCUUUGAAGGAUGCGCUUGAGAAGGUUGAUGCACUUCUGCGCAAUAGCAUCAACCCCGUCAGUCUGCCCUCAUUGUCAGCUAUUGUUACUUACAAUGACACAGUACUGUGGACAGGGAACUUCGGCAAGAGAAAUGGAAGUGAUCCUAACUCUGCACCACCAAAUGAAUACACCAUUUACAGAAUUGCCAGUGUAUCCAAGAUCUUUCCCACCCUGAUGCUGUAUCGGCUGUGGGAAGAUGGCAAAGUGGGCUCUCUGGAUGACCCACUGGAGAAGUAUGUGGACAACUUCACCAUUAAAAACCCCUUGGGCAAAAGCAGAGACUCUGAGCUGAAAUACGUCACUGAUGGGCUGAUCUUCCUUGACAGCGGUGAGGUUCAAAUCCGAUCGUCCUCUGUAACAUUAAGAAGAAUGGCCAGCCAGCUUUCUGGUCUACCCAGAAGACUCCGUGGAACUAAUUUACUGUGGAAAGGGAAGACCAAGGCUGCAAUCAACCUCCUGCAAGAUGAUGUGCUCGUUGCUGAUCCAGGGACCAAAUGUCACUACAGCAAUUUGGCGUUCUCUUUGCUCGCCCAUGUCCUAUCUGAGAGAGUUGUGGGUAUCAAUUAUCAGCGAUGGAUCACGGAUAACAUUCUGGGCAGGCUGGGAAUGGAGGACACAGGGUUUGACAUCAACCCUGGUAUCCAAAGUCAAAUGGCUUUAGGUGUGUACGCCAGUGGCCAAACAGCACCUCUUUAUGACUUGGGUUGGUACCGCCCCUCGGGCCAGAUGUAUUCAACAGCUGCUGACAUGGCUAAAUUAUCAAUGAUGUUACUGGGAGCCUAUCACCGCAAGCUAUUGAAGCCUGACACUUUAAAAAUUAUGCUAACCCCUCUGUUCCGCUGCAACAAAGACUACUUCGCCAACCGCACCGGAACACCGUGGGAAGUGAAAGAACAGAUGGGUUAUGAAGUGCUUCGCAAGGAUGGUGAUCUAGAUGGCUACUCCGCUACAUUCUCUCUGGUGCCUCGGCUUAAGCUAGGAUUGGUGGUGCUAAUGGCAGGUACACAGCCACAGAACCAGGAUAUGGUUUCAAAGGCCUACUCGCAUAUCAUUCCCGCCAUAGAGAGGGCCUUCAGGGAGGCCAGGCGGUUUCUUAUUCCUCCCCCCAGUCCUGCACCCUACGUCGGCUUUUACACUUACGGCAACAUCACGUUUUAUGAGAUUAAAGCAGGGCCAGAUGGUGUCUUGAUCAUGCAGCAGUUUGGACCUCAAAUAGAGGAUCUCAUCCCUGAGCGGUACCAGACCAUAAAAUUGAAUUACCUAGUGGACCGAGUCUUUAGAGUUGUGUUUGAGAAAGAAUAUCCUUGCGUGCUGCGUGUCAACACCGCAUCCGUGUCCCUCGAAGCUCAAGACGGGCAGCUGUUUAACUUUUAUGUCUUUGACAAGAAAGGCGUGUCUCCUGGAUUCGAUGCUCCAGGGCUCAACACAUAUAAUGUGAUUAGAAUAUCCCGCAGACCUACAUUCUCUAACUGAGGAUGAAAUGGUUACUGAAAACUGUGCUCUGAGACACUGGGGGUUUAUAUACAAGCGAUUGAAUCAAAUCAUAACAGUGGAUGGUUAUCACUGUCAUUGUUUUUCCUGUAAUAGCUAGUUUACCCUGUGAAAUUUCAGCAUAACCUAUAUUUGCACAUACGUU